UGUUUUUGGUUUAAUAUUUAUUAACGAAAGUAAAAUUAAUUACCAAAAUUAAUGUGGUGGGCAAUGUUAAACUUAAAAUUAACAUAUUAAUAGGUCAGGGGUGGAAAAAGCUGCGCACUGCAGCUUUUUCGAACACAGUUGCUGUAUAAAUCUGCGCCAAUUUAGCUACACUUUGAUUUGUCCCGCGCAUUCGUUUUUCCUCAAUUGACUUCUAAUAAAUUGUGCAAUAGUGUGGAUUUUUUUUUUUUUUUUGCAAAUCGGUCAAAAAGUCAAGAAAAAUUCAUAAAAAAAAUUUUAUCUCUUCUAAAAUGAUGAUUCUAAUAAUGUUUGGUUUUAUGACAAUUUUAUUUGGCGGGACGAGAGCAAGUGUCCUUGUCGCUGAUAAAACAAUGUCGAGGAUGGUGGAAUUAAAUGCAGUGGCACCUUUUUGCACACUCUACACCGAUAGAGGUGUUAUUCAGAAAAUGGUCUUAGGAACGGAUCCCAAAAAAGUUCGACAAAUGUCCAAUAAACUUGUUUCCGAUCUCGAAGAAACCUGCAAAGAUUCAUUCAUUCACAGUUCCACGAAUCAAAGACACGGUUUAAUUUACCCUGGCACUAAAUGGUGUGGUCCUGGUGAUAUAGCAGCUUCCUACGACGAUCUCGGACAACAUACAGCGGAGGAUGCUUGCUGCAGGGAACACGAUCAAUGUCCAAUGACCAUUGGACCUGGGGAUUGCAUCGAAGGUCUCUGCAACAAAUCUCCAUUGAUCCGAUCGCAUUGCGAUUGCGACGCGAAAUUUCGAAGAUGUUUGCAAACUUUAAACACCGAAGUUGCCAACACUUUGGGAGCUCUUUUCUUCAAUGUCAUUCAAGUUAUUUGCUUCAAGGAACGACGACCUUGCUCUGAAUGGCAAAAAAAUGGAUACCGAGAAUCGGAAUCAGAUCGCUUGUGCGCACAAUACCAUUUUCGUCCCAGUGAUAAAUACGUGCCAUUGAUGCCGCUCAAUAUGAACUAAUUAAAUCAAG